AUGUCACAUUCUAGGCUGGGUUCUUUGAGCUCAUCUGUAAUGUCUAGUUCACUUCAUAAUCAUCCUCAAAAGAUUGGACCAUGGAAAUUAGGUAAAACUUUAGGAAGAGGAGCAACUGGAAGAGUAUUAUUAGCUACUCAUCAAACAACUGGUCAAAAAGCAGCAGUUAAAGUAGUAUCAAAAUCAGAUUUACAAGAAGAAGUUAACAACAAUAACAAUAGCAGUAAUAAUGAAAAUAAAGAAAAUGAACAAAAUGGUGAAGGUUUACCAUAUGGUAUUGAAAGAGAAAUAAUUAUAAUGAAAUUACUAAAUCAUCCAAAUGUUUUAAGAUUAUAUGAUGUUUGGGAAACUUCAAAAGCUUUAUAUUUAGUAUUAGAAUAUGUUGAAGGUGGUGAAUUAUUUGAUUUAUUAGUUGAAAGAGGUCCAUUAGAAGAACCAGAAGCUAUAAAAUAUUUUCGUCAAAUAAUUUUAGGAACUGCUUAUUGUCAUGCUUUAGGUAUAUGUCAUAGAGAUUUGAAACCAGAAAAUUUAUUACUAGAUGCUCAAUUGAAUGUUAAAUUAGCUGAUUUUGGUAUGGCAGCUUUAGAAAGUAAUGGGAAAUUAUUAGAAACUUCUUGUGGUUCACCUCAUUAUGCUGCUCCUGAAAUUGUAAGUGGAUUAAAAUAUCAUGGUGCUGCUUCUGAUGUUUGGUCAUGUGGUGUCAUAUUAUUUGCUUUAUUGACUGGUAGAUUACCAUUUGAUGAUGAAAAUAUAAGAAAUUUAUUAUUGAAAGUUCAAGCUGGUAAUUAUGAAAUGCCAAUUGAUGAGAUAAGUAAGGAAGCUCAAAACUUAAUUUCAAAAAUGUUAGAAGUUGAUCCAACUAAAAGAAUAUCAACUGAAAAAAUUUUAAAACAUUCAUUAUUAACUAAAUAUCCUUGUUCAAAUGAAGAUUUAAUUAGUGAAAAAUCAUUACCACAUCCAGAAACUGCUCAUAAAUCAUUGGGAUCAACUAAAAAUAUAGAUAAACAAAUAUUAUCAAAUCUAACGAUUUUGUGGAAUGAGAGAUCUGAACAAGAAAUUAUUGAUUGUUUAUUACAAAAUGGUGCUAAUCCAGAAAAGACAUUUUAUGCUUUACUUUUAAGAUAUAGACAUUCAUCAAAUGAUGAUCAAACCAAUAUACCAAAAAGAUCAUUGAGUAGAAGUAGUUCAAAUGCAACACCAAAAAAGAAAAGAGCUAGUCAAAUUAAUGUUUCAAGACCAACUUCAUUUCAAUAUAAAAAUGGUAUCAGUACAUUAAAUAACAAUCGAACCACGUAUUCAAGAGUUUCAGUAGCUUCAUCGGUAAAUAAUUCUCCAAGAAGAUCUUCACCUAAAAAAAGAUAUUCACAUAUUCAAGCAUCUCCACACAGAUCUCCAUAUAAAAGAAAACAAGUUCAGGAAAUUUCUAAUUUUAAGGCAACUCCAAGGAAUAUUUAUAAUGAAAUUGUUGAUGCUCAAAGUAAUCAAUCUUUACCUCCAUCUUUACCAUCAAAAGACUCCAUGUAUGUGGAUAAAUUAUCAAUCCUUCCAAACGUUGCUGAAAAUCCUGUUGUUGAUGAAUCUCCUAAUUUAUUACAAUCCGCAAAAUUGUCACCAUCUAAAAGAUCUUCAAUUAUAACGAAACCAAGUGGUAACAAUAAUAAUAAGAGGAUGUCUAAAAGAAGAUCAAUAAGAGCUUCCAUGACAAAUGGAUUGAAAAGAAAUUCCAUAACAAUGAAAUUGUUGUCAACUUAUGCUAAAUUGGCUGGUGAUGAUGAAUGGGAAUAUAUGGAUAAACAAACUAAAAGAACUUCAGCUACAUUUGCAGCAUUAUGUGAUAAAAUAUUUAAUCAAGAAGAAUAUAAUGAAGAUGAUGAACAAUUAGUUGAUCCAGAAGAAUUAGAAGCUAGAGAAUAUGAAAGAUUAAUGGAAAUUGAAAGAAAGAAACAUGAAGCCGAAUUGAAAGCUAGAAAGGAGUUGGAAAAGAAGAAGAAAAGACAAAAGAGAAGAUCCAUUUUAAGUAAUAGAAAAUUAAGUAUAAUUGUUAAAGAUGAUGAUCCAAAUAAUAAUAGUGAACAAGAUAUGGACCUAAAUAAAAAUGAAAUAAAACAACCAAAACGUCAAUCUAAAAAUGUGAAUACAUUAAGAGCUUUAUCAGAAGGUGAUGGUGGUAGAAAUGCAGAAUUAACAAUAGAAGAAUUAGAAGAUUUGAAAAGAAGAUCAGCUAGUCAACCAAUUCCAAAAAGAAAACAAACACCAAUUUUAACACGUCGACCUGUUUCGAGAUUAGAUCCAUUAUGGCAAGCUCAUCAUAAUGAACAAAUUGAUAGAGCUCAAGAAGCUUUGGAAAAUGAAUGGAAGGAUAAUAAAGAUUCAACAACAAGAAAGAAAGUUAAUAGAGAAUCUAUGGUAUCAGUUAUGGAUGAUAUAAUUGAAGAAGGAAAUGGACUUAAGAAAAGAAUGUCUCGAGAUAGUUAUUAUGAAAAAGAUAGAGAUUAUGAAUUACCUGAACCUAAUGUUGAAAACUCAAAUUUAACUGAUGAUUAUAUGACCGAAAUCAGAAAAUCAAGAUUAUUAAAUAGUCAAUUGAAUAUUAAUAAAUUAGUUGAAUCUGAAAAUAAGAAAGCUGAAUUGAGAAAUGAAAGAGUUCCUACAUUAAUUGGUAAUGUCAAAAUACCAAAUGUUACAAGAAAAUCAAGAAAUUUCACAAAUUCAAAUAAAAGAUUGUCAGUACUAUCAAUAUAUUCAACUAAAGAAUCUUACAAAGAUCUUAAUUCAAUAAUAGAUUCACAUGUACCUGAUAGUCAUGGUAAAACAGUGGGAUUAAGAACUAGUUUUGCUGAUAGAUUGGAUAAAGCUGGUUUACCUGAAGAGGAUGAAGAAGGUGAUGAUAAUAAUUCAGUUUUAGAUUUUGAAGAACAUUUAGCAAACAAAAGACUUUCAUAUCAUGAUGCCAAUAAAAGAGCAUCAAGAGCAUCAACUACAAGAAGAUAUAGUAAACCAAUUUCAAAAGUACCUGCAUUACCUACCACCCAAGAUUAUGAUGAUACAUUUGUUAGUAAAAGUGAUGAAAUUCAUAAAAAACAAUAUAAAUCAAUGGUAUCAGAUGAAUCAAGUGAGAUUGAUGAUGUUUUUGAUAAAAUAAAAUUACCUGAUGGAAAAUCAACCAAAUCUUCCAUAGAUACACUUGCCAAUGGUGGAUUAAAUGAAAAACCUUCAAAAUCUGCAACAACUGAAGAACAAAGAGGUAAACAAAAUUCAAAACCAAUGACAAAAGUUAGGAAUAAUAAUAAUGUAGCACCAACACCUCCAACACACGGUAAAUCAAAACAACCAUUAAAUGACAAAACAAAUAAUUAUUCAGACAUUCAAAAACAACAAAGAAAAGGAUCAUUUUUUAGAAAACUUUCAUGGGGAGCUAAAAAACAAACAGAAAAUGGUCAAUCAUCAAGUCCAACUGAUUCAGAUGAUGAAAAACCAAAAUCUUCAUUUUUACGUUGGUUUUCUUCUUCAACAAAUAAUUCACACAAUCAAUCAAUAGAAUUUGAAAUAAAAAAAUUUAAUACAAUAUUACCAAAAGAUGAAAUGUCAACUGCAUUAUUUGCUUUAUUAAAUUCUUGGUCAAAUUUUGGAUUAAAAGAUUUAAAACAUGAUCAAAUAAGUUCAAUAAUUUUAGGUUCAAUAUCAAAAUAUAAUUCUUUUAAUUUAAAAAGUUGUAAAUUUAGAAUAAAAAUAAUUUCUAAAAAUUCAAAUCAAAAAUCAGAAAUCAUAUGUACUAGAGUUAAGGGCUCUAAAUUGACUACUGAUACUUUAUUUAAUGAAAUUGAAAAAGUUUUACAAAAGGAAGGAGUUUUGGAUGUCUAG